AUGACUUUCCUCUCGUCAGUUCAAGAGUCUUUUGAGCCUGUCACUUUGUUAAUCAGACCCCGGCUUCCGUCCCCCACUUCGUCCUCCACCUCUUCAACCCAUCACCGUCCCUCAAACUACCACUUUCUCGUUCCCGACGUAGACCGGCUUGUACCUUGUUUCCUUGGCCUCUACCGACUUUCCCAGCCUAGUUUGACCAACGUAUACUUACGCCGCCGCCCUCUUUUUGCUGUCCGCCCGCCCGCCCGCCUGCCUGCGUCGACACCGAGCGAGCUCAAUUUCCGAUCAUUGCUACGCCGCCAUCUUGAUCUAAAACCAGCCACGGCAGAAUCAGAGAACUUUGUUGCCCUCACCACUUCCAGCAACGGGGCCAGCGUCACCGAUCUCCACCGCUCUCAACCCACACACUGCCUUGAACUUUACAUUACCCGCGAAGCGAAGAGAACCUUGAACGAGCACCGAACAACCAAACUGCCCUUCUUGGGUGGUGUCGAGCAAACCGAAAAGCUGGCGCGCGUCUAUCGCGCCCAUGACACAAGACCGUAUCCAACCUACUUAGGCGGCCAAACCGUCACCGUGGAUAUCGCGUCUCUCCUGAAGGCUCCCGACUCAGAUGAGUCCUCCACCGCUCCGCCUCAACAUACCCGAUCAUCGUCAGACCCGUCCGCAACCGCAACCACGGCGGCCACAGCGCCUGUCAGCGGGCUACCUCCGUAUGGCCCGCCUCCCGUAGCACCGGGCCUGGCUGUUGGCGGCAAGCGUGCCAUGCCACCGCACGUAGCGGAGUCUCCGGCCAAGAAGCAGAGCAAGUGGUCGCCGGAGGAAGAUGCUUUGAUCAUCGAACUUCGGGGGAGCGGAAUGAAGUGGGAGGACAUCUCGAAACGUCUGCCGGGAAGAAGCGCCAUCAGUUGUCGACUUCACUACCAGAACUACCUCGAGAGGCGGAGCGAGUGGGACGAGGAGCGCAAGAACAAGCUUGCACGGUUGUACGAGAGAUUCAAGCCGGAGAUGUGGGCAAAAGUUGCGGAGGAGAUGGCCGUUCCUUGGCGAGCCGCAGAGGCCAUGCACUGGCAGCUUGGCGAAGCGGACAUGGCUCGACGGGCCGGUGUGGUGCCCUUUUCUUUGACUGCGGUCAACGUCGACCAGCCUGGCGGUGGCCACCGGCACUCUCCUUCUCGGGGGCACAUGCACACCCAGUCCCAGCCUAGCCUACCUCGGGACAUUGGCGGGCCUUCCCCCCGAUACAGCCGACCACCGCCGCCUGGUAUAUCCCCGAUUCCCGGUGGACGAGUCAUCGCCGCCCGACGGGAGAGCGUUCCUGGCAGGCCGCUGAUGGGGCCGGAUCCGAAUGAGAUGGCGGGUAUGGGGCCAGGCGGCCCCGGUUUAGCACCGAUUCAGGGACUUCCGCCAGGCCGAGGCGGAGGCAUGCUUCCGGGAGUUGCCGAACUGACUACCGGUGUCAGCCCAUAUAGCACUCCAGCAUACGCGAUGGGCGGUAUACCUACGGCAAGCCCCGUGCCCAGCGCGAGAGCUAGCCCGGGACCGCUGCUUCCAGCCCUCCACUACCCACCGCCUCACGAACAAGCCGGUGCGAAGCGACGAGCCAGCCCGGGCACAGAGAUGAUGGGCUCAAGGGAAACGAGCCGGCGACGGCACAUGGACCCCCGUCAGGAGGAGAUGGAUCGGCGACGUGUGGCAUGA